UACAAUUGAAGGUGCUCUUAUGAAUCCAGGAUCUGCCUCGGAGUGAUGUCCUGUAUAGUUAUCGUAUGGAUGGUCCUCGAGGCUGGCAUCAAGGGCAUCGAUAUGAUGACAACAUUAUUCUAAUUGAUCCUUAUGCAAAACUAAUUGAAGGCCGCCGGUUUUUUGGUGAUGCAAGUCAUAAGAUGGCUAAAUUCUUUGGAACUUAUGAUUUCAACAGCUUGCCAUUCAGUUGGGGAGAGAAUUACAAGCUUCCAAAUAUACCUGAGAAAGAUCUUGUUAUAUAUGAAAUGAAUGUUCGUGCUUUUACAGCUGAUGAAUCCAGUGGGCUGAAUCCAAGCAUACGUGGCAGCUACCUUGGUGUUAUUGAGAAGGUAAUUACUUAUUUAUUGAACUGAAUACAUUCUAAAAAAUGCUAGGAGCACCCACUCUUAUAACAGUUUACAGUUUCAAGUUAUUAUCUUGAGAAAGGUUCUAGCAAUUGUUCCUUUUAACAUAUGGUGUAAUUCUCUUCUUGGAUGAUUUGCUUAUAUAAACAAGUAGUCUUGUUCCUGAAACUGAAUCCACGUUUGGCCAGCAUUGUCCAAUUCUAGAUGAGUGCUUGGGAAACCAUAGGGAUCUACUCUUUCAGAGGUUGGCUGAAUGGGCACCAAAAUCAUUUUUAGGAUAGGAUCACCGUAAGAGUUUCUAGGACAUGUUUGUGCUUACUUUCAGUUGAGCACUGUUAUUUUGGUGAUCAAAAUAGAGAAUCAGCAUAUACACAUUUGUGGUUGGAGAUCAAAAGAAAAAUAGUUAGCAUGAUUAAUCCUAAUAAUAAUUGUAUUUGGUAGGGAAGAAUAUGGAAAUUGUAGUAGGAAAUCCAAAUUGAAGAGAGCAAUCUCUAUUAUAGUUGGUUAAUUGUUGUUAUGAUGAUUGGAAUGACAGUUUUAAUCUAUCACUUUGGUAAUAUUAGCGAAUUGAGGAUGUUUCUUAAGUUGUAUAGGUUUUGAUCAUAGAAUUGUUACAUAUUAAUUUUAUAUACUGUUUUAAAUUUUUGGUUGUAACUCUCCUUUCUUGUUAAGCUAUCCCUACUAGAAACAUUUCUUAUUACAAUCUUGGUUAACAACACUUGGUUUGAAGUAAACAUUGACCACUUUAAGCCACAUGCAAGAUUGGGAAACCAUGUAGCUUCUUGUUUCAGUUCUGAGGCUAUCUGUGGGUCAUUGGUUUGGAUACCUGAUGUGCUUUGCCACAUUCUUUUUAUUGAUUUUUGUUCUUUGAAUCACAAAUACAAUGUGCCUUUAUUGACUUGUUUUGCCAGAUCGGUGAAUUUUUCUAGAUCUGAAUUUCCUACAGCUGUAAGUUAAUAUACAAAUUCUGGACUUAUAGAAUUUUGACUUGAUUUUUGUAACUCCUAUAGGCAUAAACCCAAAUGAAAUCACUAAACUACAUUCAUUGAUCAAUAAAAUUUCC